AUGGACUUUCCCCCAGAGCUUAUUGCUUCUCUCUCCUGGAAUCAACAAAGCACCUAUCUUCCAAGUAAGCCAGAGUUGCGUUUAUUCAUGCAAAGCAACAUUGCUCAUAAGUUCUGCUUCUUCCAAGUCGCUGGCACUGGUCUAUUUAUUUAUGACUAUGUGCUGACUCUCGGCGACGAAGCCCGUUACGUUUGGACCGCUCCAUGGAGUCUUGGAAAGAUUCUCUUCCUCCUUACACGAUAUCCGACAUUCGUCGACGUUGCUCUGGCAUUGUAUCGUGAGCACCCAGACUCUUUGGCCGCAAGACCCAACGACUUCAUCUUUGCCCUUUCCCGUAGGAAAUUUGGGAUACAACCUGACGUCAAGCACAUGCAGCCUAUUGUAUAA